AUGCCACGGCUGUUCAUGUGGUGGGUGGACUUAGCCACUUGCUGGCUCGGGGGUAAGUGCAAGCCGGUCACUUUUGGCCGGUUGGGUUGUGUCGUAGUCAUGCCUUAUGAAGAAGAUGGCGAGUCGUGGGACCUCAACUACAGCCAACAUGUGGACGGAAUGGCUGAGAACAGGCCUGGUCACAAGAAGUUCGACGCAUAUCGACUACCAAAGUGGGUAAAGCAUCCUUUGUCGCAUCCCUUCAGUGGCAUUACCAUCGGGCCCGACGCCUACGCCUAUGCCUGCCUCAACGGCACGCUGGAUGGAUUGACAAAUUUCCUUGGCUGGGGGCCGGCCCACAUUGCCUGCAUGUAUGGAAACAUGGAGAUGUUGCAGGCCUGCACCGAGCAGGAACUCAGCGCACAAACAUUCAACGGAGAGACGCCUGCAUGGUAUGCCGUCCGGUACGGAACAUCGUGGUGUUUGCAGUGGCUCGUGGAGCAUGGUGCGGACACAACAACCCCGGACCUGAAUGGCUAUACGCCGCAGCAGUUGAUCCAUGUCAACAACCGCAACGAUGGCCAGGAAAUGGAGUGGUUGGAGGCUGCGAUCAAGGGCGAGCUCACUGAGAAGAAGAAUCAGCAAGCACAGGAAUUCAAACUCAAAAAGUGGCGAUUUGAAGGUUUGGACUCCUAUGCCGAGGAUUGGUUGGACAAGAACAAAGCAAAGCAGCGGAAGCACCUGUACAAAACCGGCGACUUUCCAGAUCCGUAUCCCUUGCCGACUGCAGAGGAGCUUUGGGCAAAAAUGGACCUGCCGCGUUCGACGAUUCCGCGUCCUCCUGCCAAGAGCAAGCCGCCGCUUCCUGUGGCCAUGCUCUUCCCUGGGCAGGGCUCGCAGUACGUCGGCAUGCUAAAGUCCUGCUUGGACAUCCCCGCCGUGGAGAAGAUGCUGGAGAAAGCAGAAAGCAUCCUCGGCUGGAGUCUCAAGAAGUUCUGUUUGGAGGGACCGGCGGAACAGAUUGAGCAGACUAAAUAUUGCCAGCCUAUCAUGUUUGUUGCUGGUGUUGCUGGGAUCGAGCUUAUGAAGCAGACGAAGCGCGAAAUGGUGGACCGAGUGCAGGCCGUGGCUGGCUUGAGUCUCGGGGAGUACACCGCGCUGUGCGCUGCCGGCGUGCUGGAGUUCGAAGACGGUCUGCAGCUGGUGAAGCUGCGAGCGGAGGCCAUGCAAAAGGCGACGGAGAUGGUGCCGCAAGCCAUGUGCUCGGUCGCCGGUCUGGACAGAAACACAGUGGACCGGCUCUGCAAGGAAGCCAAAGACCUGGACACCAGCUCGCCGACACCGGUGUGUCAGGUCGCAAAUGUGCUCUUUCCAGCGGGCUUCACUUGCGGCGGCACGAAGCCUGCCAUUGAAAAGCUCUGUGAGCUAGCAAUGAAGGCACGAGCUCUGCAAGCUCGGGCAGUCAAGACGGGCGGUGGCUUCCACACGCCUCUGAUGCAGCCGGCUCAGGAGGAGCUGUCGAAGGCGAUCGAUUCCAUGCUCCCGAAGAUGAAGCCUCCGAGGUGCGCUGUGUAUUUCAACCUGACCGGCAAGAAGAUGCCAGCAGGAACCAAGCCAUCAGAGUUUGUGGACUACAUGAAAAAGCAGCUCACGGGUGAAGUUCUUUGGGAGCAGACUGUAAAGCAGAUGGUUUUCGAUGGGGUGAAAGACUUCUACGAGGUGGGCCCGCUAAAGCAGCUGAAGGCCAUGAUCAAGAGGAUUGACCAGGAUGCAUUCAAGCGGACCGAGAACAUUCCCGUCUGA